UAUUGGUUGCCAUUUUUUCUUUUUUCAUUUUUCGGCCGAGGAAGUGGUAUUACAAGGUCCUGCGCGAAACAUUUCCGUUAGUGUAUUUAAACCAUUUCCUGGAUCACCCCUUGUUUUCUUCUUCUUUAAACACAGUGCCAGAGAAAACGUUAGAAAAGCUUUAUUUGCAUUUCUAGCCAUUCCUAUUGGUGGCUAAAUACGGCAUACACGAAAAGUGUGUGCUUCUAAGGUAAGAUUAAAUUGACAAGCUUUACCGGUACGUGUGCGGGCUUGUUUGAUACGUCCGUGGCUAGACAAGAGCAAAGUUGGCCUUUAGGUUGGAAUUAAUAAGUUUCAAAAAGGUUCACUGUUCAUUCGAAGAAAGUAGAUGUAAUCAUCGGGUGCUGAAGGUAAUAUUUCCUUUAGCAUAUUUUCAAGGGUAAAUCUCUCAUGCCCUAUACCAUACUCAUGUUUCUUCUGCUACUUCUUUAAACACAGUGCGAAAGUCAAUGCCACGAAUACUUUGCCUGCAUAUGUGACAGUACUCGUUACGCUCAAAAUGCACACGAAGACGAAUAUCUGAUACGUGGGGAGGCGCCGGUGCCAGUUGCUUUCUCCGUUCGAUUCACCCGUAUCAAUUGUUUCCCUCUGGCGUUGCUAAUCUUUGCCUCGUUGGCCGGUGGUGGUGCUGGUGAGCUGGCGGGCAGACUGGGUUUUGGCUUCGGAACGGCCGGUACGUGUCGCUGCUGAUCAGAGAGUGAAACUUCUGUUUGCGUAGAGUUAGCUGGAUUUGACCGGUGUAUGUGGUUCAGAGUGCGGAAGCAGGCCUGUUAUUGCAGGUUCCUGAGGCGUGACCGGGCCAUAGACGUCUACCGAGGACGCUGAGCUAUGUGUUAUUCAUUUUGGCUAGUGGAGUUGAACUAUGUACCACGCAGCUGUCUAUUGAAGAAGUAGACAUUCAAGCUUUCUAGUUUUGCAAUCGGACCUACCCGUGUUAUCACUAGCUUCUGCCUUUUCUUAUGAGUGUCAAUACUGUAUUGGAACUGUGACGUACUGGUGUAAUAAUAUUAUGCUUUGUAUUAUCGUUGCCCUUUUAAAACUAGUCUGUUUGUGCUGGGGCAGUUUUACAUAUUUUGAAAUUUGAACUCUACAGUUAAUUCUUUUAACCAUUUUUAAUUUGCCAUUGUCUUAAUGUGAUCUAUCUUUGCAGAAUUUUGUCUUACUAUAUUACGGGGCUGUUAGCAUUGUUUCUUUUGGCUGUGGCUGUGUGUUUGUGCUUUUCUGUUGCAGCACUGCAGCAGGCACCUAGUUCCGGUCUAAAUCGAUGUCCGGAGUACGACGCCUUGGCCGACCAGUACCAGAGGGAACGGAGGUUCUUCUGGCCGCGGGGAAAAUGGCAACCGAUACGGCGGCCACUGAGUUCUUCGGGUUGCAGUGAGUGGGGAUCUUGCAUUAAGUUAAGUUUCCUGUGCAUUGGGACGCCAAGGCGUCUGUACCGUUUGCCAUACUGCUUAUAUAUUUACCUUCAAAACCAUAAAGGUAGGAGACUAGUCUUCUGAAUUAAACCUUACUUGCAGCGGGAGUUGGACUUACGUACAUGUUAAAAUACUUGAUGGGUAGCGGAAAUAGGAAAUUAUGUGAAUUAUCCUAUUGCGUUUGCGCAAGUGACCUAUUUAAAAGAAACUUAUUUCACCUUUAUUAUUCAAGUGCCAUUUGUUAAAUGAAACUGAUUUUACCUUUUAUUAUUGAAGUGGUUACAGUUAGUAUAGAAGUUAUGAGAAGUUCUUGUUUGCAAGUAAUUCAAUCAGAAAGGUUUUGUGUAAUGUAUUUUUCUGACUUGUGUAUCCUGUUCAAAGGAAACUUAUUUCACCUUUAUUAUUCAAGUGCCAUUUGGUAAAUGAAACUGGUUUUGCCUUUUAUUAUUGAAGCGCUUACAGCUAGUAUGGGAGUUCUUGUUUGCACCUAAUUCAAUUAGAAAGGUAUUGUGUAAUGUAUUUUUAUGACUUGUGAAUAAGACACACUCGUACAAAAUUUUUUGGUAAAUACUGUGCCCUUUGGGUUAAACCAAGGGUUUCCAAACUACGGCCCGCAGGCCGAAACCAGCCCGCGAGGUCCGGCAAAUCGGCCAGCGUUAGCUGGCCGGACAUCCCCGAUGUGUAAUGACAUCUGUUCUUCGAGCCACAGUGUUUGCCGACAAACUUACGUUUUUAAAUAAAUUAACUUUUUCUGGACACAUUUCUUCUGCUGUUGCAACAAUGCAGUUCAUAAUUAAUUCACCGUCGGCUUACACUGUUUCGCUACUAAACGAGCCACACGAACACUAGCACGAGUUGCUGCAUGUUGUUCAGCAUUUACUUUCUUAAACAGCGACUGCUGGGUUUUUAGCUGACGUUUCAGAGACUCAUACAUUUCUAAUCGUUUGCGUCCUGUAAACUUGGAGUAAUUCUGAGAGUGCUGUCUCAUAAUGACGUUUUAUGUCGUAUUCUUUGAAGACUGAUAUGGCUUCAUUGCAAAUAAUACACAUUGGUUUGUUGCUUGACUCCACCACGAAAUAUUGACAUCCCCACUCCUCUUUAAAAAUUCUACAUUCACUAUCAACCUUUCGUUUCUUUUCCAUAUUUGUACGGAACUCCACCAAAGAUUGUAACCUGAAAAUAAAAUUGUGCUAUUUAAUACUAAUGAAACUAGGGAGCAGUCUGCCUAAACAAAAUGCAAUGAAUUUAUUUUUAAGGUACUUUAAUUACUAAAUUAAAUACAAUUACACUGUACUUCCACUGAAAAAGACAGUGAAAACAUACACAAAUCGUCCUGUACGUAUUUCGAUUUUCAGAUUUUCCUUGUCUCUUCGAAUUCAAACUUUGAUUUGUCCAACACUUCGUCUCGGCUACUAGUACAGCGCAUAAAACACUAAAAAACUAGUGAGCCACUCGCAACAUAGACACAACCACACAACAGAACUAUCAAAUAUAUAUGCUCUGGCUCGGCUACUAGCUACAAGACUACGUAACUAAACUUAUUGUUGCGCCGCUUGAAAUAACUAUGCGUUGACAUACUCUACCUCUGUUACGUCUUGCAGCAAUUGUGUUGCUAACAGUGAUUUUGAGAUUUCGUUAACUUUCUCAGGACGCUUUCGUGAAGAAUGUGCAGUGCCAUACUUUUUUGUCGGUGAAAUUCGCCAGAAUAAAAUACGCCAGAAUUUCGGUCAGGUACGUCCUACAAUCAAAAUUAUGUAAUUAAAUAAAAAUCGUAGUUCGUGUCAGUGCUAGCUAUUGCCACAAUCUUAGAUUUUUGCGAUUUCCUCUUUCCUUUAGCCUUACAUUACGGUGAUCAUGGAGUGCUAGGGUGCUUUAAUCCGACUAGGUAGAUCUGACUUCGUGGAGGUGUCAGUGUGGCCCGCGGACUAAAAGUUUGGAGACCCGUGGGUUAACCCUUUAUUUGGCAGUGUUGCUCUCAAGCAACAUCAAAUUUACGUUGGCCUUAUGGGACAACAAGCACUUCCUAGUGAUUGUUACUGGCAUAGAUGCCUCCAGGCAACGUUCCUUUACACACUGCGAAUGCCAGUUGUUGUAAUAGUUCCAGGUUUUCCACACGAGAUGUCAGUUUGUGCAGUGGUGUUACAGAGAUCUCCUCACGUGAGCAACAGGGGUGUCUUAUUUUGGUUCUGAAAGAGUGGAUUUCAAUAAAGUGCCAGUAACCUUAGCAGAUUUUCUUCACGAAAUAUCCAGAGACAGGCCCGCCUACAGCGUGCAAAUACGACCGAACUUCCAGCCCGGCGCGGAGGAAACGUGUCGAGUAGCGCGCAAGGUCGAGGCCGAGCCGCCGACGGCGCAGACUGUUCCAGAAGGUCUGUUUCCGUACGACCGGCCGUGACGUCGCGGCUCGCAAUUGGACGGCGCGGCUCCGCGACCGGGCGGGCCCCUCUGCCGUCUAUAUAGAGGCGGGCGGAGCGCCGCGCGCGCGCCAGUGGCGGCAUGGCGUACUACCGACGUAACACGCUGCGCUGCGAGUUCGCGGGCGGCGCCGACCGGCCGACGGAGCGCGAGGUUCACCGCUGGGUGCGCACGCAGCUGCGCGUGCCCGACAAGGAGCUGAAGGCGCUGCAGCUGCACACCCAGCACGCCGUCGCCUUCCUCAAGCUGCGCUCGGACGCCGCCUUCCUGCAGCUGGCGGAGCGCCUCUGCGGCGGCGGCGGCGGCGCCGCCGCGCUGCAGCUGCAGUCGGGGAAGCUCACGCCGGUGCGCGUCUCCGUGGCCGACGACGACGGCGGCGUCGAGGUGCGCGUCUUCGACGUGCCGCUAGAGGUGCCGGACGCCGAGUUCAGGCGCGCGCUGGCGCCCUACGGCAAGUGGGUUGCCCUGACAGGUGCGCCACGUGCGGCGCGAGGUGUCUGCGCCCGGCUGCGCGUACCGCGUGGCGACGGGCGUGCGCUCCCUGCGGCUGGUGCCGCACGACGGCGCCGGCCCCGGCUGGGAGCCGCCGCUGCAGCUGCCGGAGACGCUGGUGAUCGGCGGGCACCGGGCGGCGCUGCAGCUGAGCCGCGAGGCGUCGUGGUGCGCCACGUCGAGCCGCGAGGACGGCGCGUGCCGCGGCUGCGACGCCGGGUCGCCGCUGCGGCCGCCGCGCCGCUGCCCCCGCGACGUGGCGCUGGUGCGCGCCUUCCUGGCGCACAGCGGCGAGUGGCCGCCGCCCGAUGACGUCAGCGGCGCCGCGCCCGCCGAGGACGCCUGCCACCUGGAGCAGCGGCGCGCCGCGUAGCCGCCCGGGUCUCUGCCCCGCAGGGCGGGACACCGAACGAGUCGCCGCGACCGGCGCUCACUUCACUGCAGUCGUCCACAGCAGCGAAGAGGUCAGCAGAGGUGAUCGUCCAAUAUCAGUCUGAGCCGUCUGUUCACCACACUCUUGCAGUAUCGUCUACGAUAUAACACCCGGCAUACCAGAGGGCGCUACCCGCACGAAACUGACUUACCUUACAGGUCGAUUCACGCUGGACGUCGAACGGAACGGAGGGGAAAGUCACUUUCGAAUGGCGCUGUGUUCGCGUCAGACGCAACGUCACUUAGCCCAUUACUGACAGGUGUGAGCGAGUAUAUGAUAAUCCAUCUGUAUUAUACAGUGUCUGAAUAUAGUAUCAGGAUUUAGGUACUAGCACUGCAGGGGUCCUCUUCUCGACGACUCACUGAGGUCUCAUUCAAAAGGGAACUGGUUUAGUUACUUUAGUGUUAUAUAAUGACACAGCAUAAUAUCGAAAAUAACUUUAUUCAGACAAACAUCGUCGUGAAACAGAAUGAGAUUUUCGCUCUGCAGUGGAGCGUGCGCUGAUAUGAAACUUCCUGGCAGAUUAAAACUGUGUGACAUACAAAGGUCCGAACUCGGGACCUUUGCCUUCGCAGGCAAGUGCUCUACCGACUGAGCUAUCCGAGCACGACUCACGCUCCGUCCUCACAGCUUUAAUUCCGCCAGUGCCUCGUGUCCUUGUUCUGCAACGUUCGCAGGAGAGCUUCUGUGAAGUUUGGAAAGUAGGAGACGAGGUACUGGUGGAAGUAAAGCUGUGAGGACAGGGCGUGAAUCGUGCUUCGGUAGCUCAGAUGGUAGAGCUGUUGCCCCCGAAAGGCAAGGGUGCAGAAUUCGAGUCUCGGUCCGGCACACAGUUUUAAUGUCAGCAAGUUUCAUGGGCGUGAAAGCCUAUGAACGUAUGAGAAAUGAAGGAAUGGGAAAAAUGCCCUCUCUCCAAACAUUUCCAAAGCAUUUCAACAUCUGUUUUAUCACGAAAAUGAAACAUACAGCAAUGUCCAACAAUAUAUACAAGGCACCGCCAUUUUAUUUUACCCUCGGACUCUUCUUUUCUUUCCAAGUGCCAAUAAAGUUCAAAUAAACUGUAUUUCUCUUCAUAGAUAUUUAUCUGCAUCAUCAGAGCUGAAAAAAACCUAUAUUUGACGAACUUGUUUUAGCCUAUUGCUGUUUGCAUUCAUUCAUAGUGUUGGCCUUUCGUUUGUCCAAAAGACUUCUGGCGUCUCUUGGAGUACUGCUAAAACGUUUGUCAGUAAAAUGAAAGAUCUCGGUGUCGAAUUCCACAUUUCAGUCCAAGUUUAACCUGGCCUUCACCUCUCAGUGAGGUGAGCAUUUGCCACGACCGAAACGUGGCUCUCAUUCCACGUUAAACUGUAGUUCGAGUAUGAUUACAGCGGCAGGCUAGGUACACGGUAGUCGUCGAAGUCACAUACAAUCGAGAGAUUUGUACAAGGCCACUGAGCCACGCGAAAUUGUUAUUUUUCACAUUUUAUAUAUAUUUAGCCUAUUUGGUGUCAGAAAAAUUAUAGGAAAAAUAACAGUUUGAAGCACUCUACGCGUAACGUAAUGAGAACGGGGUACAUGUUUCUAUGAUCUUUUCAUUCUGAAUGGUCGACAGUUUCAGGUGUUGAAUUAUGACCAUUUCUCCCAGAACCAUCCUGAAUAACUUUUAAGUUUUUUUCCCCUAAAUGUGAAGCCUGCCAUCAGUUACGUCCUACUCACGCAAUGCAAAUGACAGGGCAAGCUCAUGUGGGUAUUGUGAGUCACAUUUUGAUUGUCUAAGAGAACGAUUGAAUUUUUGGAGUGUACAGAAUGCUGUAUUCGAAAAAUGGCAGUACUGUUCACUAAACUUAACAUGUAUUUACAAUGUUUCCUUCUUUCCUGAGAUACCUUGUGAUAUUACAUUUUAUACUAUGAAGCUGUAUAGAACAUCAAAAACUCAGACAGUGCUGAUUUUGACAUAUUGUAUACUUUAACUGUUGUCUAGUCAGGCGGUUUGUAUUGUACCUAACAACGUAUUUCAGCUCAGUUUCCUGUGUUGAAUAUAUUAUAACGCCCUACUAAAAAACUAUGUGUCAGUUUUCAACCUACUUCACUACAGAACAUCCUUCUCUAUCUCCUCAUAUCUGACAGCAUUAUGUGCUCAUCUGCAAUGUGCCCUGUUCCAGUCCUAGACUUACCUGUUCAUUUUACUCUGAUUUUGGAUCACAUUUUUCUUCCUCAGAUUUUCAGAGCAGCAAUUGCUUAAAUUUUUCAGGAUUCUCUUAAUUUUUGUAACGUAGAAGUUUAGAUCUGGAAAUAUGUGAUUAAACAGCAGAAUGGUUACUGCAUAA